AUGCUUCAACAAGAAGUGGAUGCCGGGGCGCUAAUACCCCUAGUUCCCUUCGAAAACGAGCUCUAUCUCGAGAGCCGUAGAGCGCAAACUCGGUCGCGAGCCGUUUCAAAAUUCAGACGUAAAAAGACGAGAGUGGCUGAGCCGAGGUGGAAGCUAAAGUGCGGAAUAAAAGUGACGAAACUCGAAGAAAUAAACUGGAAGCGAACAGUGAAUCGUAUUUAA